GUAAAAACUGCUGAAAAAGCUGUGUCACACACAGUCUGGGACACCGACAGACCACCAGCGUCCAGUCCAGUCUCCGGUCGGUCCAGAACCAGCACCAGCACCGAUCAUGCUCCAGAGUCUGAAUCCCUGCUCGCAGCAGGCUGCAGGUUUCAGCUUUGAAAACAGUCGCAGGAAUGCUGUGCUGGAGUCCAGUUUGUCAGAGCAGGGCUAUAAACCUCCCGGCGCCAGAAAGACUGGAACCACCAUCGCUGGGAUAAUGUUCAAGGAUGGAGUGAUUCUGGGAGCAGACACCCGAGCCACGGACGACAUGGUGGUGGCCGACAAAAACUGUGAAAAGAUUCACUACAUAGCUCCAAAGAUCUACUGCUGUGGCGCCGGUGUGGCCGCAGACGCAAACGCCGCCACGCAGAUCAUGUCGUCCAACGUGGAGCUCCACACACUAAACACCGGCCGCCCGCCCCUGGUUGCCAUGGUAACCAGACAGCUGAAACAGAUGCUGUUCAGGUACCAGGGUCACAUGGGUUCAUCUGUGAUUGUCGGAGGAGUUGACGUGACUGGACCUCAGCUGUACAGCGUUUAUCCCCAUGGCUCCUACGAUAAGCUGCCGUUCCUCACGAUGGGUUCUGGAGCUGCAGCUGCUGUUUCUGUGUUUGAGGACAGAUUCAAACCAAACAUGGAGCUGGAGGAAGCAAAGCAGCUCGUGAGAGACGCCAUCGUUGCGGGGAUUUUCUGUGACUUGGGUUCAGGCAGCAACGUGGACUUGUGCAUCAUCACCGACGCUCGAGUGGACUUCUUGCGAAGUUACGACAGGCCCGCGGAGAAGGGCAAAAGGGAGGGCCAGUACAAGUAUAAACCUGGCACCACCGCCGUCCUGACCAAAACGGUGACGCCCUUCACUCUGAACCUGGUGGACGAGUCUGUUCAGAUGAUGGACACUGAGUAGUGUCCUAUGAGAUGACGGUAGUCUCUGAAUCCCACCGCGUGAGAGCAUCAGAUCAGCUUCAUUUUCAAAUAAAAAACUGAAGAAACAUAUCAACAUAUAUGACAUAACUGUUUUAUUUGUUAAAAAUAUCAAAUAAAAUGUGUAUUAAAUCACA